UCUAUAAUCUCCGCAAAUCAUCUGUUUAUCCAAUGCUGCCAAUAUUAGAGUAUGUUCAUAUAUUUUCAAUCCUGAACCUAACCUCCAAAUAAUACGAACAAACAUGUAUGCAGAAAAGAAACGUGUGUUUGUGGGUAACCUGCCUCCAGAUAUUACACAGACAGAAAUUGCAAAGUGGUUUAAUAAGUUUGGCAAUGUGUUGUCUGUAGAAAUUAAAAAGCGUCCAGAUUCCUCAACCUUCGCAUUCUUGGACUUUAUAAUUGAAGAAGAUAAGCUGAAUUCAUGUUUUGCAACAUUAUCAACUAAGAAAUGGAAUGAUAAAAAGAUAAAAUUGGAGCUUGCAAAGGAGAGUUUUCUUAGUAGGCUUCAAAAGGAAAGACAUGGAAAUAAUAAAUCAGAAUCACACUGUAGUUUAGAUGAUCCAUAUAUGAUCAAUAAAAGUAUGAAAUCAAAGAAAAGAUCAGUGGAAGAACUGGGAUGUUCAAAGAAGAAACAGAGGACUAAAAAGACUAUAUCUGUAAUAAAUUACUCUAGCUUCAAUGAAGAAGCAGUUGGAUUGUCAGAUAAUACUAGUGAUUCUGAAAUAAUGUACAAUGGAAAGUUAAAAAUGUUUGGUGGGACAAGGACUGCUCCUUAUGAUUCAGAUAGUAACUUUAGUCACACUGAGAUUGAGCCAGAUAGUAAGACAUCUCAGUCAGCAAAUGCAGCAACAAAUUUACUACAGAGAUUAGAGAUUUUUAGUGAUGUGUGGAGAGACUCACCAAUGAAUUGUGAUACUACCAAACAUGGCAAAACAGUUACAAAAAUGCAUAAUUGUAGAGAGCAAAACCCUAUGGAUAAAACUAGAAGCUUGCUUGCAGAAGAAAAGCGCAAGAAAUCUGUUGAUGAGAAAAGGAAGUCAUUUCAGAAACAAAAGGAAACAAUCAAAUUGGCACUCAGCUCUGUAGGUUCUGGUUUCAGAAACAAUAAGAUUGUUUUUGAUUCUGAAAAUAAAUAUGAGGAUAUAGUUAAACAAACAAUUUCUCAUAAUAUCUCACAAUCUUCUAAUGCUGAAUUGCUGGGAAAGUCAUACAAAAAGACAAUUCUUUUUGAAGACUCUUCAGAUGGUGAUGAAGAAGGAAACUUAAAAGUUAAGCCUCAGUUUGAAGGUGUUAAAGGACAGAAGCUUCUAGAACUACAGUCUCGAUUUGCAAGUGACAACAGAUUUGCAUUGGAUGAAAGGUUUUAUGAGAGUGAUGAAGAAGUUUGUGCUGAAGCAUCGGACAGUGUCCAAACUGCUAGAGUUGAAGAUGAGAGAAGGAGACAGUUUGAAAUAUUAAAAGAUGUCCUUGGUCAUCCGAUACCAAUUAAAGAGGACAAGAAAGACAAAUCAAAAAGGGUUCCAAUGCUCAGAUUUGAUCCUACAAAACCUGACCAUGCUAAAUUUGAGGAAAAAACCGAACCCAAAAUAAAGAGGAAGGUUCCUGAUAACUCAACAGACAAGGAACCAAAAGUAGUUUAUGAUACAAAAGAGGAAAAAAUACAAAAUGUUGCAGUUUCAAAGGAAAAUUUUUACAAAGUAGCAAAAUCUCUAAAGGAGACACUUCAGAAACGAGAUGAAAAAAAUGAGUUUAGCCUUCGUAAAUUGUUUGGUGCCAGUGAUGGAGGUUUGUCUCAUCAUUGUAUUCAGUUACAUAAUUGGAUAUAUUGUGUGUUUAAUCUGUUAGAAUUCUCCCAAUUUUUAUCAGUAAUUGUAAUUUAGUGAAGAAUGUACAGUAUAUGUAAAUCAAUAGAAAAGUUUUGAGACAC